AUGGUAAAAUCUACAAUCAAGAACUGCAUCUACAUGAACGACUACAUCUAUAGUCACACUUAUCUUGUGAAUAUGAUGAGGAAAUUCACAAACCAAGCAAAUCUACAUAGACCAGCAGUUACUCGGUUUGCUACAUCAUUCAUCACACUUGCCCAAUAUCACAGGCAGAGGAUAAACUUUAUGAGUUUUGUAACUUCUAAAGAAUGGAAUGAUUCAAAGUGGCCAAAGGAUUUAGGAGCAAUGAAUGUGAAAAAGUUCAUCAUGAGUGACAGAUUUUGGCACAACGUGUUGUAUGCACUGAAGUUGACAGGUCCUCUAGUUAAGGUUCUUAGGUUGGUUGAUGGAGAGAAAAAACCAGCUAUGGGGUACAUUUAUGAAGUCAUGGAUAGAGCUAAAGAGGCCAUUGCUAAGACCUUCUUCAAUGAGAAGGAAGACCAGUAUAAAGAUGCAUUUGCAAUCAUUGAUAAGCGAUGGGAUUGUCAAUUCCAUCAUCCUUUGCAUGCUGCUGGUUACUUUCUGAAUCCAGAAUUUCAGUAUAAUCUAGAGUCUGGGGUGAACUGUGAAGAGGUUGUGAAAGGUCUCUACAAUGUUAUUGAAAGGUUGGUUCUUGAACUUGCAGCUCAAGAUAAGAUAGACACAGAGUUGACGGUGUUUAAAACUGCUGAACGACUCUUUGGGUUGCCCAUGGCAAAAAGACAAUGGAAGUUAAAAGCACCAACUGAGUGGUGGUAUUCUUAUGGAGGAUCUACACCAACACUUAGAGACUUUGCUAUUAAGGUUCUUAGUCUCACUUGUAGUGCAACUGGUUGUGAGAGAAACUGGAGUGUGUUUCAACAUCUCCAUACCAAGAAAAGGAAUCGAUUGGCUCAAGAACGGUUGAAUGAUCUAGUGUUUGUUAAGUAUAAUCGCACUUUACAACGUCGUUACAAGCUGAAAGACACCAUUGAUCCAAUCAACUUAGAAGAUAUUGAUGAUUGUAAUGAGUGUCUGGUUGAAGAAUGGAUGAAGAGUCUAUUAUUGAUAUGA